AUGCACACACUAUUCAUCGCCUGUGUUCUUCCUUCAGCGGUAUCAGGGGCUCUACGUCGUCUCCAAGUCAGCACUACCACCUCGGUUCCCGCGACUACAGUCCCGCCUACCACGAUUGAUGCUCCAACUUUGCAGAACACCUGUGAUAUCUACUGCCAGGGGCUUAACGGGGGUGCUUCUUACUGUAAACUUGAUCUUAGCCCACCCACGUGCCAGGGAGGUGAUCAGCCUUGUGGUACAAUAGCUAUCUGUGGUCCCGCUAUCACCGUAACACCGACUGACGUAGUACCAACUGGUGAUGGAACGUAUGAGCCUGCCUGUGACACGAUGUGCCAGAGUCUCAAUGAUGAGGCUUCAUACUGCAAGUGGUGGCUUCCUCGCCCUACUUGUCUUGGUGGCGAUCAACCAUGUGGUGAUCAAACUGUAUGCACCUCCCAGACGUGGCCUCCUGCUCCCACACCUUCUCUCCCAGCGGGUGCGCACCCCUACGAGUCUGCCCCCUGCAACGCCUACUGCGUCGGUCUCAAUGGGCCAACUUCGUACUGUAAGUGGUGGAAGAACGAGCCUGUCUGUCAGGGUGGCGAUCAAUCUUGUGGCCCAUCGGAUUGUCCCACCGGCACUCCUGCUCCCACCGAAGGUCCUCCUGAUGCACAUGUUGGUCCCAGCUCCAACUGCGAUGCUUACUGUACCGCUAUUAAUCCUGACCUUUCUUUUGAUCGCGUGUCGUACUGCAAGUGGUGGCUCCACGUGCCUGUCUGUUACGAUGGUGAUCAGCCUUGUGGUCCGAGCGUCUGCAGCAACUUCG